UCUGUGGCAGUGAGAAGAGGAGGAAAGAAGGAGAAAAAAAGGAGGAGGGGCUGUGGUGAGCUGGUGGGCUUCCUCUGCCUCACAGACACAUUUUAUUGACUUGCUAAUUGGAUGAGGCACUCGGAGGAGAGGAUGCAGUGACCGAGAGGAGCUGCUCUCCAGAGGAGGCAUACAUGCAGAAGAAAGCAUUGCUUGGGUUGUGGAAAUCAGGCUACUUUAUCCCUCUUUCUUUUUUUUCUUUUUUCUCUUUUUUUUUUUUUUAGCUUUUCUCAAGACAUAACAACAGAUGUUUUUUCAGCAUCUCUCAGUGACCCUCACACUGUGCAUACAUAAUUUUAUGCAUGACAUUGUCGAUCGGAGGCUCCAGCUGCCAGACGCUUCGUGACAAGUGAAUGAUUUCCAUUUUGUUGUUCCCCUUUCACCUGUUUUCAUCUUCAGUUGGAGCUCUUUUCUGUCAGCCUUGUUUGAUGUGCCAUUUGAUAUGAAUGGUAAUCCGGUGGCAGGAUGAUUUCUUCGUCAGAUCAAAUGUGCACGGAGCCGUGAAUGGAUACUCUUCAGUGGGGAGAGAAAAAAAAGAAGUCUCAUCCUGGUUGCCAUGACCGAGGUGUGCAGGUCUUUUGAGGUCAGAGAGCAGGUGUCACUGCACUGAGGUCUGCUGUCCCAAUGAGCAAAGCAGCCAACCCACAGAGACGCACCACCUACCUCAUAUCCCUCACUCUGGUGAAGGUUGAGGCUUUGCCAGAGGAUGUAGCAGGAAGCCAGACGGAGGCUCUUCCAGAGGGGGAAGGGAGCCCUAAGAAGGAGGAAGAGGAGGAGAAGGAGGAGCUGAACAUUGCUCCUGACAGGGAGGAAGAACCUGUGUGUUUGGAAGUGGCAGAAAAAGAAAACACAGAAGUAAAAGAGGAAGUGGAACAGGUGCGGGUCAAGUAUGGCAGCCCUAGUGAGAACAGAGGGAAGCCUGAGAGGAGGGAUGGACACCAAAAAGACACUGUAUCGGUUGGUAAGAGCAAAGACGCUUCUUUUGAACACCCACCUGUCAAGCAAAUGGUUAAAGUAUAUGGAGGAACUACCACAGAGGGAGCUGCGCGCAGAGAGGGACCUCGCUCAGAUGCCUUGCGCCCUAAGACUGAGCUCUACCGGGAGCCCCCCAUGCUUUUCUUAAAGGGUGAAAAUGGAGCGGACUUGAGCGGUCGUUCACGUUGCAGCCUCCCCUUUUCUGUCCCAUCACAGGUCAGCCCACGUCCUGAAGUCUUGAUGAGAUCCCACGCAGGAGGCAACUCUGCAUGGAGGGAGUUCAGAGAAACUAACACAACAACCUUGUAUCACUCUGCAAAGACUUUGGACAGAAGGGAUAACCGCUUUGGGGACCAGUCCCCCUUAUCGGCAGCUACAACCAUGGGGCCUUAUAGGGCGUCCUGGGCUGACAGCGAUGGCAGGGGGGCGCUCAUCCGUCCCGGAGCUCCCGUCAGCGGAGGAUAUUCAGGCAUAAUGACCCGGGACAGCCCUCAGGGGGAGAGAUUUAAGACAGUUUCCGUUUCCUUACCUGGACCUCCCGCUACCGACAUGUCCAGGCCUCAGAGAAAGCCCACAAGUCGUACCCUGGACAACAGCGACCUACAUUGCCUCUCUGAGGACCUGAAGAAGGGAAAGGAGGGACAGGGAGGAACAAUCCACCGUGCUCCUCCUCCUCCUCCCCCUCGUGAUCGUAAGAUGCUCAAGUUCAUUAGUGGGAUUUUUACCAAAAGUGCAGGCGUGCCAGCCGGCGUCAACACUCCACCUCCGCUGUAUCCACCUGUGGAGAGAGGUUCGAGUGAGGAGGAAGUUGUAUGCACCAGCAGUCAAGAAUGGACGAUGAGCCAAACUGUGCAAGAGCUACAUCUGGGUGUUUUGGGCGGUCUGUGCAGUGGGAAGUCUGCUCUGGUCCACAGACAUUUAACUGGAAGUUACCUCCCACUGGAGAACUCAGAAGGACGCCAGUAUAUUAAGGAUGUGCUAGUUGAUGGACAGAGCCAUCUGCUGAUAAUCAGAGAAGAGACAGAACUCCCGGAUCCUCAGUUUGCAAGUUGGGUGGACGCAGUAAUCUUGGUCUUCAGUUUGGAAAAUGAGGCCAGCUUCCAGGAAGUUUACAAAAUCUAUCACCAGCUUGCAAUCCAUCGGCCUGUAACUGAGAUCGCUUUCAUAGUCGUCGGCACUCAGGAUAAGAUCAGCAGCACCAACCCCAGAGUGAUAGAUGAUGCCAGGGCCAGACAGCUCUGCUCAGACGUGCGGCGCUGCACUUACUAUGAAACCUGUGCGACGUACGGCCUCAAUGUGAACAGAGUCUUCACGGAUGCUGCUCAGAAGAUCAUGGCAGCUAAGAAGCAAGCUGCCCUACUGGCUUCUUGUAAAUCUCUUCCCAAUUCUCCCAGCCACUCUGGAGGCUCCACCCCAGUCUCCGGUGUCUUUCCAGGACAGGCAAGUAACGGUGGGCAGAGCAGCGACUACUCGUCCUCACUUCCCUCCACUCCUGUGAUCAGUCACAAAGAGAUUGGCAGAACACUGAGAGGGGAGAAGCAGGAUGGUACUACACCUGUCUUGGUUCGUAGCGUCCGAAGACGCACCACUAGAUUUGCGGGCCGGAGAGGCAGCGACUCAAACAGAAGGAGCGCAGACUUUAAGGGCGAUCUGGGCAGCGGGCGCUCCAUUCCCAUCAAACAGGGCAUCUUGCUGAAGCGCAGUGGGAACUCGCUCAACAAAGAGUGGAAGAAGAAGUAUGUGACAUUGUCCAAUGAUGGCAUACUGUCCUAUCACUCCAGUGUCAAUGACUACAUGCUGAAUGCCCCUGGGAAAGAGAUGGACCUGCUGCGAGUGACAGUGAAGGUGCCGGGAAAGCGGCCGCCUCGUGCCGUCCCUGCCUGCGCCCCUCCAGCUGGGCUUAACGGGCGGGUCAAAGACGUUCAAGGAGCUGAGGUCCCAAUGAGUGCGAGCAGUCUCCUGCAAGUUGAGGAGAUGGAGGGGCUGGGUGGUGCCCUGUUCCUGAGGGGUAACAGAGGUGUGCAGCGAUGUCCUUCCACACUAUCUAACCACGCUCAAAGCAUUGACUCUGCAGUUGAGGGAGUCUCGAGCUCUUCCUCUACCAAAGACGUAGGUUCUGCCUCCCCGCUCACGGACAGAAAAAAGCAUCGCAGAAAGAAGAGCAUGAAUCAGAAAGGAGAUGCCACCGCCGGCCAAGCAGAUGCUAAGCGCAAAAUGUGGAAACUCAAAAGCUUUGGUAGCUUAAGAAACGUAAGCAAGACAGACGAGGAUAACUUUGACUUCCUCAUUGUGUCGAGUACUGGCCAGACGUGGCAUUUUGAAGCCCAAAGUGUGGAAGAGAGGGACUCCUGGGUCCAAGCCAUCGAGAACCAGAUCCUGGCCAGCCUGCAGCUGUGUGAAAGCAGCAAAAACAAGGCUCGAAGGAACAGCCAGAGUGAUGCAGUGGCUCUGCAGGCGAUACGCAAUGCAAAGGGCAACAACUUCUGUGUCGACUGUGACGCUCCCAAUCCUACCUGGGCCAGUCUGAAUCUGGGCGCUCUCAUAUGCAUCGAGUGUUCCGGCAUCCACAGAAACCUGGGGACUCACCUGUCACGAGUUCGCUCUCUGGCGCUGGAUGAUUUGCCACGAGAGCUGACGCUGGUUCUCAGUGCUAUCGGCAACCACAUGGUCAACAGUAUAUGGGAGGCACGCACAAUGGGCCACCGUAAACCAGCACCCGAUGCUACACGAGAGGAGCGGGAAUCGUGGAUAAGAGCCAAAUACGAGCAGAAACUGUUUGUGGCGCCGUUGCCUCCUCCUACGAGCGAGGGCCCAGACAUCACUCUAUCUGGCCGUCUUCUGUUGGCAGUGAUGGAGCACAAUCUCCCCAAGCUGCUGCUACUUUUGGCCCACUGCACUAAGGAGGACAUUAAUGCCCCUCUCAGCCUGGCACGCUCCUCCCGGUCGCUCUUAGCUCUGCGGCUGCCUGCUUCCCCCCUGCACGCUGCCUGUCAGCAGGCUGAUGUGGUGAUGACGCAGCUUCUAAUUUGGUAUGGCUGCGAUGUUCGGUAUCGGGACGCUCAGGGCCAGACAGCGUUGGCUCUGGCUCACAGCGCUGGCAGCCAAGAGUGUGUCGACAUCUUGCUCCAGCACGGAUGCCCGCACGAGCCGCCCCCAUCCGUCGCCGCGACAGUCGGUUUCGCAGCGGCAGCCACAUCCAGCUUCCCUGUUGCCAUGACACCAAGCCUGACGGUUGCCACGACACUCAAGAUCUCGCACAAGAGCGGCGGCACAAGCUUGAGUUACAGCACCUCCAGAAGAGCAGUGUCAUAACUGAAAUGUGGUGUGGCAUAAAGCCUGUGCGUCAGAGUGUGUUAGAGUAUAUGUUUGUGUGUGUGAGUUUGUCACUUUACCCUCAUAGUGUCAUUGCGCGUCUACACAGGCCAGCGGGACUGAUGGACAUGUUGCCAGAUGUUGCACUCGUAGAGCCAGAUGAGGUUCUAAAAGGUGUCUGUGUGUGUGUCAGGAGUGUAAACUGUGAAUCACACAGCCACAUGCAGUCUGCUUGAACGAUUUAACCAAAAAAAAAAAAAAGGCAAAGUCUUCUCAUUACGCUUUACAAGUGACGGUAAGGUAAAAGGAAUACGACAUCCUCUGCCUCUGCAUUCAGGUUUAAAGGAAUGUAUUUAUCCUGUAUGGAGGACUGAAAGUGCCAAAAUAAAAAUAAGCGCAUAAAUGACAAAAUGUAUAUAAAUGAAAUACAAUUAAAAUUAUAUUCAAAUUAAUAUAAGCAAAGGUUAAUUUAUAAAAUGUGACAUAGGCUGAUAUAGCAUCUUCAGUUCUUCAAUGAUCUCCCUAGGCAGUUUUUUCUGUUGUCAGACUGGUAUUUAUUAACCAAUUGACAAAAAGCUGAUCCCACUUUAAUU